AUGGAGCUGAAGUGGGUUUUGCAACAGUUACAUCGUCACCGUCAUGAGAACUGGAAGGUUAGUCUUGAUCCAGAAAAAGCCAAGUCAGAAAAGAAAAGAAAAGGAACCAAUGAAGAAAGAGACGAAUUCAAGAAUAAUUGUAAAUUAUUGAUGAAUGAAGGUGAGUUCCAUAGUAAUGAAGUAUCUGAGAGUGAUGAUGAACUCGUCCAAAAAGAAGUUGAUAUAAAUAUCUGA